GUCCAAUACAAACAACUCGAGCGGAGGGCGCAGAAUGAAAACUGUCUGUGUUAGUAAAUACAAGCAGUAUUUGCUGUGAAGACGGAAUAAAAGAGCUCUGACACAAAAAGCGGAAUAAAAACAGCACUGACAGAUACAUUCAAGCGCUGGCGGGCAGUUUUGCUGACUCCGCCGAUGGAUGAUGAGGAGGAGGAACAGCUUCCUCGCUGCUGUGAAACACCACUAAGAAUCAAGAGCUCAGAGAACGGAGACGCCCACCGUCGAGCAGUUAGCAGACACAGACGCUUUGAAGACAGAUCCACGCAGACAGCGAGCUCUGUCCUGAAUUCAGUGAGAGUCGGAGAUAUGGCUCCGUUCCAGGGUUCAGGGAGAGAUACAUCAUCUCCCUGUGGAGCUGUGGAUGCCAGGACUGCAUUCAGGGCUCACUGUGAAUCCAGGGGCCUUGCGUCACUUACUAUGGCCCCUGGGGCUCCAGGGCCAAGAGCACUUUUUCAUGGAAAUGCUGGAUUUCGUGCACAUUUCCCCGCGCUGUUCGAACCUGUCCUGGAUGGCGUACAAAACGUCGAAGAAAGGGAGGCGGACGAAGCGAGACCAGAAGAAAAAGAAGACGGGCGUGACAUGGGAAUUAGCGUGGAGAUUCAGAUUGGGCGUAAAUUGCGUGAAAUGGGGGAUCAGUUUCAGCAGGAACAUCUUCAGCUGUUUACUCACAGGGGCCAGUUGGGUUUGUUCCAGCUAGUGACAUCGAUCUACAACUUCCUUUUUCCUCAAGAAGGAGCCCAAAACGCAAGAGCCCGGAGAUGAGAGUCCACAGCCGACCUGGUCAGGACACAAAAGUUUUACACAGCACUGUAAGACCGCAGAUAUGGAUUUACGUGGCUCAAAAACUGUUAUGGAAAGAAGGUUGCCGCUGGUCAGAGACUUCCAUCCUUUUCCCGAAGAAGCCAUUUUAAAAAUGGAGCAUUGGAGUACAUUUUCUGCAAAUUGCAUAUCAAUAUAAAGACAUUCAUAUUCUGCCUUAUGUUUUCCAAACAUACGUUCACAUAUGAUAUGAGCGUAUUUCAGCGCAGUGGAUGCCUUAAUAAAACCCUCAGAAGAAGGAAGAACUGCUUUAGUAGGCGACGAGCUGUGAGAAUACUCAAGGUCCACACUUAUUUGUGCUGACUUAAAUACAACUUCUGAACUCUGACGCAUCCUAGAACCGAAUCUUGAUCUUUCCCUGCUGGUGUAUCACGGAUAGUGCUUGAUUCACUUCUGUUAUCAGUGUUAUUGGGACAGAGUUGAAGGACAGAACAGAUGUGACGAUAUGUAAUCCAGAGGCCAGUAACGUGCUUCAGAAAGAACUGACAAAGUUUUGUCUAAAUGCAGAAAAACAACUUGAACAUCAGGUUGUACUACCUGUAUAUUAAUAAUGAGCCAUUUCUGAGAACAAGAUAUGAUUUUUGUGAUUUUAAAAUGCUGAAGAGGAUUAUGUUUUCUCAUUAGAGAGAAUGUACAACAAAACCAAUUUUCCAAUUUUACCUUUUCUGAAAUAUUAGUUUGCCUUAAUGAAUUAAUUCUGCUGUCCUGUAUCACAGACAUCGCGUAAUGACAUGAUUUCUUUCAGGCACUGAAGUGUUACUUUAUAUAAUAUAAGUGUUUAAAGCAUCUCUAUAGAAAUUGGUGAGUAUCAAAAUGUGCUCAAAGAGCAAUACACCAAAUCAUCAUUUACAGUUCAAAUUAAGCGAUAAAUGCAAUCAAUAAUAUCUAACAAAUAUACAGGUUACAUUAUGCGAAUUUAUCAAAGCACUAGGAAGAGUUGUGUUACUAUGUAUAUCAAUCAAUAGUUAUUAUAAAGAGGUUUUUAUUAGUGUUAAUGUCUUAAGAGGGAAAGUGUCCAAUAGAUAUGCUUUAAUUAGAGGGAUAGUUCACCCUAAAAAUAAUAUGACGUCAUCACUUACCCAGCCUCAUGUCAUUCCGAACAUUCCUGUGUAAUUACUCGUUUUCUUUCUUCGUCGCUAAAAUGUUAUCGAUUCUCGCCAGGGCAGCGCCAUUUUGAUUUUGGCGCGAAUAAAUUCCGUGAGGGAUUGAAGUAACUGCGAUUUUUUUUUUCAAUUGUGAGUUUUGACAAUUACAUGUGAUAUAGGACUUUUAAAAAGCGCAUGGCAAAACUCGUUUCAUCCGCGUAAAAUUCUAUACGACGGCAUUUUUACGUGAACUGUCCCUUUAAGGAUAAGGACAAUAAUGAACUCAGAUGUAAGGUGUGUUCGAUUUAAAGCGGCGCUGCUAACCGAUCGGCGUGUGACAUCAAGUUACCGCGAGAGAGAUUCGAAAGCUAUUUGAAAUUCGCUCUGAUGUCAUACUCCAUUCGGUUUGACUCCGCUUGAAGUCCAACACACGAAGUUAGAUUUCUACUGAAAUGUCCAGUGAGACGGCCAGAUCGCAUCACGUGACUGGCUCAUGAUCUGGCGCUGAUAUGAAUAAUUAAAAGUCUGUAUAUAUGGUCUGCGAUAAAGCGGGGAAAUGUAUUUUAUAUUUGUAAACCCAUAUUGUAAAGUAAAAAUAUAAAUAUAAGAUAAAUAAUUUAAGUUAUAAGAAUAGAUAUCGUUCCAUUGCUGGUUUCAUAAAUGCUUUCUUUUGUGGUACAAUCAACUGAGGUGCCUGUAUUUUGCGGUUUACAAUUUACCAUGGUUUGCUUGUGCAUUAUCGAUAGAUUUUAUAACGUAAUGUCGUCAGUAUAUUGUUUGAGACCAUGAAAGACGGUGUCAAUACACUGUCAGAGUCCACAAAUCAACGAUUCCUUUGCAAUUAUUCCGAUUUCAGAACAUUUUAUUUCCUCACCACAUUCCACGGAGGUGAUGUUCCAGUGCUGUGACGUAUAUCGUUGUUCUGAUGUUCUUCUGAUAGGUGUGCCUCGAAUGCUUGUGUAUUGGUAACGAUGACACUUGCAGACAAUCAAACAGCUGAAGGUGCCUUAAGAACAGCAGGCCAAUUGAGGACUUGAUGUUACCAACACACACACUGGGCUUCAGUCACGAGCACCCAUACAAACAUGUGAACACGUAUUGCAGUUGGAUGAGUAGAUAAAUACCUCCACAAAAACCACAGGGAGCUCAAACAGACUAUCAAAGAGAGCAGGCUGCUGCUGCUGUCUCAUUUUUCUGAAAUGCCCUUUCGAAUGCACUUGUCGUUACACGAGUAAAAUAUGUUAAGCUGUUUUUACUUUGUUUGGAAUGUGUACGGGACGUUACUGCUGGUUCUUUUUUAAUUUUGCUACGUAAAAUUAUGAUACAGUUUGAUAAAUAUAUAAAAUGCUGUUAUAAAAUUGUGAAAUAAGAUGUCUUUUUUUACAUAUAUCAUAAAUGCUGUCAUAAAUGCCGACACCUUUUCUGCACUGUUUACUGCAUUAAAGUAUUUAUGGAUACUCAUA